AGCAAACUUCACAAGCAGGAAGGAGAAGCUGCGACUCGUUCGGGAUGUUUGACGGCUAUGAUAGCUGUAGUGAGGACACCAGCAGCAGCUCCAGCUCAGACGAGAGUGAAGAGGAGGUUGCCCCUCUGCCGUCCAGCCUCCCAAUUAUAAAGAACAAUGGACAGGUUUAUACGUAUCCAGAUGGCAAAUCUGGCAUGGCCACCUGUGAGAUGUGUGGGAUGGUUGGGGUCCGGGACGCCUUCUACUCCAAAACCAAGCGCUUCUGCAGCGUCUCCUGCUCCAGGAGCUACUCCUCCAACUCCAAGAAGGCCAGCAUUCUGGCCAGGCUUCAGGGUAAACCUCCAACCAAGAAGGCUAAAGUCCUGCAGAAACAACCUCUAGUGGCUAAGUUGGCAGCUUAUGCUCAGUACCAGGCAACCCUGCAAAACCAGGCAAAGACAAAAGCAGCUGUCCCUGUGGAAGGUUUCAGCUGGGGUAACUACAUCAACAGCAAUAGCUUCACAGCAGCUCCUGUCACCUGCUUUAGACACGUACCCAUGGGCACCUGCUGGGGCGACAUCUCAGAAGGCGUACGAGUGGAGGUUCCAAACACUGACUGCAGCCUGCCCACCAAAGUCUUCUGGAUAGCUGGAAUUGUCUCUCUUCCAGGCUACAAUGCCCUGCUGAGAUAUGAAGGCUUCGAAAACGAUUCAAGUCUUGACUUCUGGUGCAACGUUUGUGGGUCUGACAUCCACCCAGUUGGUUGGUGUGCAACCAGUGGGAAGCCCUUAGUCCCUCCUCGAACCAUCCAACACAAAUACACAAACUGGAAAGCUUUUCUAGUGAAACGACUCACUGGUGCCAAAACACUUCCUCCUGACUUUUCUCAGAAGGUGUCCGAGAGCAUGCAGUACCCAUUCAAAACGGCCAUGAGGGUGGAGGUGGUGGACAAGACGCACCUGUGCCGCACCAGGGUGGCCGUGGUGGAGAGCGUCAUUGGGGGCCGCCUGCGGCUGGUGUACGAGGAGAGCGAGGACAAGAGCGACGACUUUUGGUGCCACAUGUAUAGCCCCCUGAUCCACCACGUGGGCUGGUCCCGCAGCAUCGGGCACCGCUUCAAGCGCUCGGAUCUGACAAAGAAACAGGAUGGACAUUUUGAUGCUCCCCCCCACUUGUUUCUGAAGGUAAAAGAGGUCGACUCAGCUGGAGAGUGGUUUAAAGAAGGAAUGAAGCUGGAAGCUAUAGACCCCUUAAACCUUUCACGCAAUAUGUGUGGCAAACUAUUAAGAAAGGUUUUAGCAGAUGGCUAUCUUAUGAUUGGGAUUGAUGGCUCAGAAGCAGCAGAUGGGUCUGAUUGGUUUUGUUACCAUGCCACUUCCCCUUCUAUUUUCCCUGUUGGUUUCUGUGAAAUUAACAUGAUUGAACUAACUCCACCCAGAGGUUAUGCAAAACUCCCCUUUAAAUGGUUUGACUACCUCAGGGAAACUGACUCCAUAGCAGCGCCUGUCAAGCUCUUCAACAAGGAGGUCCCCAACCAUGGGUUCCACGUGGGGAUGAAGCUGGAGGCCGUGGACCUGAUGGAGCCGCGGCUGGUGUGCGUGGCCACCGUCACGCGCAUCAUCCACCGCCUGCUGCGCAUCCACUUUGACGGCUGGGAGGAGGAGUACGACCAGUGGGUGGACUGCGAGUCCCCAGACCUCUACCCAGUGGGCUGGUGCCAGCUGACUGGGUACCAGCUGCAGCCUCCAGCACCACAGUCCUCCAGAGACAGCCAGUCAAGUUCAUCCAAACAGAAGAAAAAAGCUAAAUCACAGCAGUACAAAGGACACAAGAAAAUGCCGUCACUGCAGCUGAAGGAGGAGCUGCUGGAUGGGGAGGAGUACAGCUUCCUCCAGGGAGCAUCCGACCAGGAGAGCAAUGGCUCUGCCAGUUACUACAUCAAGCAGGAGCCCUGAGGCAGCAGGGAGGAGCAGGGCAGUGUUGGUGACGGGAGCAGAGCGUCUCUGCAGGACUGGUGCGGUUGUGCUGCUGGCCCCGGGGCGCUUUGCUGGCGGCAGCCGGGGCAGGCUCGGCUCAGACUUUUUACGGAAGGGUGGGAAACUAUUUUAGUGAAAAAGAUUUUUUCAAUUUAUUACAGACAAAAAACGGACACUUUUGUGUUGUAUUUGAAGCUUUUGAAAGAAUUUUGUAAUAUUUUCCAGUUCAGAUUUAUUGUGCAUUGUUAACUAGAACUGAAAUUCUAAUUUUUUGGUAAGAUUAAAGUUUAAUCAGCAUGGCUGUGGGAAGCGGUCGGAGGAAGGUAGGGUUCAAAUCCAAACGAACUGUCGUAACAAAUGAACCUUUUGGGUACAAGUUGGGAGACUUUUAGACUCUUGUCAGCUGCACUGGUCACGCCUCUGGGUUUUAUUGUUAGGAGAAGGCCUUCAUGCCCUAAUUUAGAGGAACCAAUUGUUUGUGGCAGAUAGUCCUGGACAGCUCUACUCAGUGAGUAGUCCCAGUUGCAAUGGAGCCAUCACCUGGGGAGCAUUGGGACUUUUGGAGAUGUUCUUUAGUUUAAAGUACUUGGGUUUGU